GAGAAAAUAAAGAAGGAGAAGAAAAAAGAGCAAAUAAAGAAGAAAAAUAGAAGAAAAAAGGAAAGGAAAAGAAAAGAAAACUAGAAGAAAAACCAAAACAAGAGAAGAGAAGGGGUAAAAGGCGAAAGGAAGACAAUAGUAACACGACGUUGAAACUUUUCUCCCUGUCCGCCUCCCGAGUCGAGAUGAAUUUGGAGAAAACCUACGCGACCUCCCGGGCCGGCCGCACAGGACAUGGAGGCGUGAAUCAACUGGGGGGUGUUUUUGUGAACGGCCGCCCCCUCCCAGAUGUCGUUCGCCAAAGGAUCGUGGAGCUUGCCCACCAAGGGGUCCGGCCGUGUGACAUCUCCCGGCAGCUCCGCGUCAGCCACGGCUGCGUCAGCAAAAUACUUGGCAGGUAUUAUGAAACCGGGAGUAUUAAGCCUGGAGUGAUUGGAGGAUCAAAACCAAAGGUCGCCACACCCAAAGUCGUUGAAAAAAUUGCAGAGUACAAGCGCCAAAAUCCCACCAUGUUUGCCUGGGAGAUCAGGGAUAGACUCCUCGCCGAGCGAGUGUGUGACAAUGACACCGUGCCCAGUGUCAGUUCAAUUAACAGGAUCAUUCGGACGAAGGUGCAGCAGCCACCCAACCAGCAGGUCCCAGCUUCCAGUCACAGCAUAGCUUCCACGGGGUCUGUGACUCAGGUAUCCUCUGUCAGCACUGACACUGCCGGCUCAUCUUACUCCAUCAGCGGGAUCCUGGGAAUCGCCUCCCCUGGCACUGAGAGCAACAAGCGCAAACGGGAUGAAGGUAUUCAGGAAUCCCCAGUACCAAAUGGCCAUUCUCUCCCAGGCAGAGAUUUUCUUCGGAAACAGAUGCGAGGAGACCUUUUCACCCAGCAGCAGCUAGAAGUGUUGGAUCGAGUCUUCGAGAGGCAACAUUAUUCUGACAUUUUCACGACAACUGAGCCCAUCAAACCAGAGCAGUGGUGCUCCAUGCUGAUGAGACAGUGCGUGGUACAACCGCAGGCAGUCAUUUUUCAGGCAACUGAAUAUUCAGCCAUGGCAUCAUUAGCUGGUGGAUUAGAUGACAUGAAAGCCAAUAUAACCAGCCCUACUUCUGCAGAUCUGGGAGCAAAUGUUCCCGGGCCUCAGUCAUACCCUAUCGUCACAGGUCGUGAGCUGGCAAGCACAACCCUCCCAGGAUACCCUCCACAUGUCCCUCCUGCAGGACAGGGCAGCUAUUCUGCUCCAGCACUGACAGGAAUGGUGCCUGGGAGUGAGUUUUCUGGGAGCCCAUACAGCCACCCACAAUAUUCAACAUACAAUGACUCCUGGCGGUUUCCCAACCCUGGACUCCUGGGCUCCCCGUACUACUACAGCGCUGCAGCCCGUGGGGCAGCCCCACCAGCAGCUGCUGCAGCCUAUGACCGCCACUGACGCUGAGCCUGGGGCACCAGUACUGACUGCAUGCACCACCCGGGACCACCACGAUGACCACCUUGCUGCAGCUGGCUGCAGCUGUGCCAGCCAUGCUGCAGAGGAGGGAGAAAGUACUUUAUAGGCACAUGCUAAUUGAAAUUUUGCUCUUUAAACUUGGUAAACUGAUCAUUGUUACAUUACUUAAGAUGAUCAUGUUGUCUGGGUCUCAAAUCAAACAAAGAAAUGGGAGGAAGUGGUUCUCCUGACACCCUGUAUGAUCAGAAAUGUGCAGUGGCUUCAUGUCUUUUGCAGCUGGAUGGCUACUGCUUUCAUAGCCUGUGGGUGCCAUGGCUGUAUCUGGGGAUAAGGAAGAGGUGUGAGCACCUCCCUUUGGGGAGGCUUCCUCUUGCUGCACACUUGAAACAGGCUGUGAGACUCAAGGCAAUUUUAUUUUAUUUUUCUCUUUUUUUUUACUUGCUUGCAAAGAAAAAGACCGGUCAGCUUAAUUUUACACAAGCACCACUGUAAAUACCUGCUUGUCUGUAUUACUAUAAGAAUGGCUUAAGCAUAAGCAGCAACAUUGUACAAAUAUGAACUCAAAAUGCAUCUGAAAAUGUGUUUUGAAACUGGUGCACUGAUUCAAAGAAUUCAGUAAGCUUUAAGCAACUUUGAACCAGGUUAACACUCAUGGUGGCUGUAUUUCGGGCCAAUGUUAUUUCAGUAUGCAGCAUCCUAUCUGAUAGUUGUAUGUGAUCAUGCUGUAUGCUGGUAUCAAACACAUGGGCAACUGAAAGACCUGAGCAGUUUUGUGACACUUUACUGCUUAAUAUUAAUUUAUGUUCAUUUGUCAUCAUAACAAGCACUGAAACAAAUUCAUCACUGGUUUCAAGUAAAGUGGUGUCCAUGAAGGAAUUCCUGAGUAAUAGUUGACACCUUAUGUACAACUCAAUAGGUUGUGUGCUAAAACCCAAUUAUGAAUGCCCUGAGAGGAAGGGGAAGGAAUACCAUGGUAAUGAUUUUUGUUAAAUGGACAUACUGAGUGUGGCACAUCAAGCACAGGAGCAACCAUACAUGAUUUCAGAGGCAAACUGGAGGGAAAGGUGCUCCUUUGGGAGUCUGUGCAUUUCAGUGAAGGCAUUUCAAAUUUAAGCUGCCCUACCCCAGACAUGCGCCAGGGGAAAUUUUACCCUGUUUAUUCAUUGUUUCUUCCCUCCCCCUUGGAGACGGACCACUAAAUGUGACAUGGCCUUCAAUGUGUGGCUUCCUGUGACUAAUGAAGGGAGAAGAGUGGCUACAAAUGACCCACUAAGCAGCUGCACCAAUCACUACCACUUCACAGAGCCAGGAGAACUGCUGAUUUCUCCCUGCAGCAUCCCCCUGCCCCAGUCUGAGGGGCGGCCAGUCUCAGCCUGGAUGUAUGGAUGCCAGGCAUGACCUCAUCCCCUCCCCCUGAGGGCAGUGGAGAAACUCUGUCUCCUGUGGGUCCUGUUGGUGCUUGCCUGUGUGUGCCCCAAGGCUGAAGAAGGAUUGGUGGUGUUGAACCUGAAAUGCUUUCCUCUGGAUGAACAUUGAAGUACAAAUACUUGCUUCUGGCAGUGCAAGCAUUUAUCUGGAAUGGUAUCGCCUGAAUCAAAACUCUUCUCUCUCCUCCCUCUCCAACUUAUGGUUUGUGCUGCAUGUUUGAUAUCCUUAGUAGCCAAUGGCCCACUGAGAAUCUCCCUCUCUGACUGCAGUGGCGUCUUCUCACACCAUGGAAAUGCAGCCAUCUCUUCCAAGUUUCCAGGGCAGGUGUGUUUAGAUCUUCAAAAGCCAUGGGGACACCCAGGUCCCACUGGCUCAGUGACAUGUCAGUGAGAUGUUCACGGAGCCCAUCAGGAAUUUUGGCCACAGUCCUUCAAACUGUGCCCCUAACUGAGAAGUAAUUUUUGUAACAAGCUUACCAAUGAGGAAAGCUCUGAUUUUAAUCUUUCAGCAAUUAAUAGCUGAUACACACCUAGUUUUAACUGAUGACAACAGCAUGGACAAUUUACACAGGGAACCUUCUGAAGCAUUGCUUCGGUGUUGCUUUCUGAGCACCCCAUGAUUGCUUGCACACUGGCAACAAAGCUGUAAAGGACAUUUCUGUCACUCACUGGAUGCUGGUCACAUGGGGAUUCCACAUGAGCUCCUGGCUGACGGGUGCAUGUUGUCUGCACCCUGAACACACACACACACGCACACACACACACAAUCUCUAUGAGCUCAGGAAGGGAUAAGGCCGUCCAGAGCCUUGGCUGAAAAGAAAAGAAACAAAGGUUUAACUGCAGGCAGUGAGGGAGCAGGUGAUGGCUCUGUAGCCAACUGGGCUGAACUAUUCCAGCUAUGGAGGGAGACAUCACCGCUUGGUGCCUGGACUGGGAUAAAAUGACUGUCUGCCCAGUGAGAGAACAGCAGGUCCUAUCAUCAGUGUGUGAGUCCUUACCCACUGGGUGAACUGCCCUGCAAACAUGUUUCUUUUAUUUGUUUCCUCAGUGGCAUGGCUUGUGUGGCAUGCACUACUUGAGAUAACACUGAGAAGACAAAACGCAAAACUUCAGCAGAUAUAUUGGCAUCCUCAGGCCAGCAGUGCUUGUACUUAGGCAGGGGACUUAGGAAAGGCACAGCAGGUGUAGUUGCUCUGCAAGGUGGAUGGGUGCCGUUGGAUGAUGUGUCCCGAGGCGCUCAGGCCUAGCUGGCCCUACGACUUUCAUCAGGACUCUUUCAGGCAGAUCCACCAGUGCUGUCCCACUAGCCAGGUGUACAGGCUGCACCAUGGGCAGCGUGCACAUCCUGGUCAGAGCUGCAGAAGGGAAACCUCAAACUCCUACCCUUGUAUGUGCAAGGCAGGCAGCUGCGCCUGGCCAGCUUCCAUGGCAGCCACAGCUUGUUUAUACCUGCUGGGACUGCUUCCCAGUCAGAAUGGGCAGUGAGAGCUGGCCCCUUGAGUAUGUAUGCUGUACUUCUGGAAAAGACGCUUCUUGACAGUACUUUCUGUUUUUUGAGAAUAUUUCACCUGGAGUUUGCAAACUGCUUUCCUCAGGAGGUCUGGACUUUCUGUUUAUAAUCUUCACUGAGGGAAUUCUCCUCCUUGGGGAGCAUUUUUAAAGGUGUUGCUGGCAGCAGGUGGUUGUCUGGGGAUGACACAGUGGCCUGCUGCUGUCCUCUCUCUGCAGCCCCUCCAUUUUGUGGGAGGUCACCGAGUGAGGGGGAAGGAAAUGACCCUUUGGGGCUACAAGGAGAGAAGAGAGCAAGACCAACAUGGAGCUUUGGGGUGUCCUGCCCACCCUUUGUUCAGGUGAGAUGCCCUUUAGUGCAUUAUAUCAUUACUAGACCCUUGCAGGUAUCAGCCCCAUGAAGUGCUUAAGUCAGUUACAGCAGUAAACUCUGUAAUGUAAUGUAGCACUCAGCUAGAUGGAGGGUUUUCCAGUAGUGCGUGCUUCAGCAAUGAAUCUAUCAAGUACGUUGCUGACACGGACAGGCUGAGAAAUGAAAUCUCAGAGAUGGAGGGGGAAGACUCUGCCCUAAGACUGAACAAAUGGAGGCUGUGAGGCAGGAUUACAUGAACUGACUUGUUGAGGAAACCCUCAGUCAAACUCUGUGAGAGUGAGUGACCAUAAAGAAGACAUAAAAGACUCUGGGUAUUGAGUUUGCUUAGCAUCUGUCUCCAAAGGUGCAGCUACAGAGGCAUUAUCAUUAGGCAGCUCCACUGACUGCAGAGUUCUGGAUGUCUCAAGACCAGAUCCACAGAAAGCUUUCUUUAUUUGCUGUCAAAUCAUAAAAACGCUCUGGGCUCUGGGAAUAUGGGGCCAGAGGAUGCAUGUUCAUUCAGAGACACAAAGGUGUCCAAGCAGUGCUCCGAUCCAUGCAGGGACUGCAGGCAUUGGGGCAGCAUUGGUACUUGAGGCACUUGGGAAGGAGACAGCGAGGGAAGAAAUGGCGCCAGGUA